AUGGGAAGUGUCUUGGUCAUGCCACAGUCUCAGGAGGAAACUGAGUUUCUUCAGAAGAACGUGUACCACUGGUUCUGGAUCAACUGCAGUGAUCUUCAAGUUGAAGGUACAUGGGUGUGUAAAGACGGCACUACUGAUGUGGAGUACAGAAACUGGAAGAUGGGUGAACCUAAUAAUCACGGGGGAAGAGAAGAUUGUGCAGCAGCGGAUGAAUCUGGUUGGAAUGACGUUCCAUGUGACGAUCUCUCUCCUGUUAUCUGCCAACGACCAGCACCACAGCUGCACUUUUAAGUGUCAACAAAAAC